UAGAUGUGCAACAAGAUGGACAAGAUGGAACUCCCUGUAUUUGAUGAUGGAGAGAUUUUGUGAACAGUUUCCUGCUAUCCAAGCUGCAGCUAUAGACCAACGGCUUAGAAAGCCCAUGGAGAAGGAGAAACUGGCCAGAAUGGGCAAUGAGGACCUCAGGAAAGCAGAGGAGUUUGUGCUGCUGAUGAGGAUGCAUUACACAUCCACACUUGCUGUCUCUAGCGAAAAAAGUCCAACCUGUGGCCAGAUAUUGCCCAUCCUCCAGAAACUGUGCAAACAUUACACAGUGCAGGCAGACGACUCUGCAUUCGUCAGGAGCGUCAAGGAGAACAUCUGGAACAAUCUUUCCAAAUGUUACCAGGAUGAUGAUAUCCAGGCAUUCCUGGAGGAAGACACUGUGUUAGAUCCCAGAUUUAAAUCUAAAAACGACAGGGAUGAAAUCUGGGAUAGGGUCAGGGCAUCAGUAGUGGCAGCAAUUGAGAAGGUGUCAGAGCCAAGAGAGACACAGGUGCAUGCAGAUGAAGAGGAUAGAGAAGAAGAAGAUGAGAACUACGUAAGUUUAUUGUAGCUAAUUGUGAUGAAUGAUGAUAGAUGGCAUGGAUUAUUAUUACACUAUUUCAUUUAAAACUAAAGCUUGUGGUUAUGUCAU